AAGUAAUCUAAGUUUCAUUGCAGCCGCAGCUCCAGGAGCGAAACUGGUUUCUCCCUUGAGAGCUUUCCAAUUGAAGAAGGAAGUGGGAUGAUCAUGUAGAUUUUAUCUUCUGGUUCCUAAUAAAAUCCUUGGCGAAAAUGGAUGAAUUAGUUGUCCUUGACCUGCUGAACUGCCCGGUCUGUUUAGGAAAAUUGGAUGCCACUGCCAAGGUGUUGCCAUGCCAGCAUACCUUCUGUCAGCCUUGCUUACAGAGGAUAUUGAAAGCCCGAAAAGAGCUCAAAUGUCCAGAAUGCAGGACCUCGGUAAACGGCACUAUAGAGGAGCUACCGGCAAACCUGCUCUUGGUCCGUCUUCUGGAAGGCCUAAAGAGUGGGCAAAGCCUGGUGAGAAAGAACUCCUUUCAAAGGGUGGGAGGACUAUCUACCUCUGAUUCUUUUCGGAAGGGUCCAGAACAGAAGACAAAUCAUGAAUCACAAAACAGACUGUUUCCAAAGACAAGAAUAAUGCCUAUAGAAGGGGUAUCAUGUGCUAAAGCAGUGUCAAGCUACAGAGGGCAAAACCGCAGUAACCUUUCCUUUAAUAAAGGAGACAUAAUAAUCCUGCAUCGGCAGCUGGAUGAUCAUUGGUAUCAUGGAGAAGUUAAUGGGGAAACCGGUAUCUUUCCAGCAAGAUCAGUGAAAAUUCUACAAAAAAUAGAUCAACCUCCCGCUCUUUGCAAAGCUUUGUACAACUUCGAAUCGAAAGACAAUGGCAAAGGAGAAAACAAAAAUUGUUUGAAAUUUGCAAAGGAUGAUAUAAUCAGUGUAAUCAGACGAGUAGAUGACAACUGGGCUGAAGGCAAGAUGGGUGAUCAAUUAGGAGUUUUUCCUCUUCUCUUCGUAGAGCUAAAUAGCACAGCCAAGCAACUGCUGGAGUCAAAUAAAUCUAGAAAAAAAGAUGUGAAGAAUUUGCCUUUUACUUCUCCAUUGAGGAAAUCCCCCUCAAAUGUUCAGUCUUCUGAACCAGAAACAAUGCAACGAAUACCAGACAGACGAAGAAAGACCCCAAGGCAGUUCCUAAUUACCAAUGCUCUAAAUAAAUUAAACAGAAUUGUACAUUUUCCAUCGGGUAGACAGACUCCAGAAAUUAGCACGCCUAUAUUGAUCAGUUCAAGUAACACAGCCAUAAUUGAGAAGGCCAGAUAUUUACCAAGCUCAUCAAAUCAGAUCAAUGCUUCAUUUUUUUAUGCCACACUUGGACCACAGGGGACGGGGCCCUCUCUAGUGGCAUUCCCAAGUUCUCAUCAGAAUAUUCUGGCUAAUAUGUGUGUAGCAGUUUAUCCAUACAAAGCUCAGGGUCCAGAAGAGAUUGACCUUCAAAAGGGAGAAGGUGUCCGUGUCUUAGGGAAAAUCCAGGAAGGCUGGCUUCGUGGGGUUUCACUGGUUACUGGAAAAAGUGGCUUCUUUCCAAGUCAUUGUGUUAAUCCUGUCUAUAGAAAAUACUCAAAAUAUCCUGAUCCAAGACUCCCUUCUCAUCAGAGCAACUGGAUUUCAAGCAAUGCCUCAGUCUCCUCACAGAGCAGUGUGUCUGAAACGGGUAUAAGUAAGCCUGUUAGGUCAUUUUUUGUGCCAACUGCUGUGGUAGAACCAUUGAAAAGGAAUCCACCAUCUUCUUCAGCAGUUGUACCCACUCUCCGUCGAAGGAAUGACAGCUUCAAAAAAAGUAUGCCUCCCCAGAAGAAUAUACAAAAUAACACUACAACACAGGCUGUGACUACCUUCAGUAGACCAUCAUCAGGCAUUGUUCAACCACAACAACUUUUCAUCAAUGCCGCUUAUUCUCAAGUAGGAGCCAGUGCUGAUAUCCGGCUGAGGCCCAGCUCAAUGUGUGAUGUUUUGCCUAUCUCUGGUAGACCAGUGGAUUAUAGGAGAUACUCUGCAGCUAGUUCUAUUGCUUUUGACCCUAAAGAGUUCCCAAUGAAAAUAGAUUCACCAGCAAAACCACUAUCCACUGCUCCUCCAUCUAUACUGGUGAAGCCAGACACACCUAAAAAUAGUUCUGACAAGCAGGUGAAGACUGUAAGGUUCAUGACUUUUAGUCCACCUACGUUGAAACGUCAAAGUGUUCAUCUUGAUGACAAAUUGGAACAGUUAUCCAGUCAGCCACCCACACCAACCACGCCAGAGAACUCUUCCACAUCAGACGCUUUGGUAACUGUAUCGUUAAGACCCAACCCUAGCUUGGCUCAGCUGGCAGAAGGUCGCAAAGUACAGAAGCUCAGGAAUAUAACUCCACAAUCAACUUUGUCCUUUCCCUUCAAAAAAGCCAUAAGCGAUAACCCAAAUAGGUUGACUGCAAUUCAUCAAACCCAAGAUAUGCUGUCAACUUAGUGCCUCUGCCUUGAUUUAACUUGUACUCAGCUUUUUCCUUCCUUGGCACAUUAAAUUAGAUUUUGUGUCUCAGAGUUUCUCUAUAAUUUUCUCAUCAAUCCAUUUUGUCAUAUGGGACAGAGUUACCAUGACAAACAAAGGAUCACUGGCACCUUCAAUUAUGAAUGGUUCUCUUACCGAUCCUUCUUAUUAUCCAGACAGGUUUGUAUCAGACAUCCUGUCAUACUCAUUGCGACAUGAAGAUAUAUAGUGGAUAUUUUUGACAUAUUGACUGUUUUUUUUUUCUCUUUAAGAAAUAAGGUCACUUACUCAACAAGGUGAAAGACAGAAACUAGUUUGAUAUUGACAUCCCCAAUUGGAAGCAGGACAUUUAAAGCUUUCACCUUUUUUUGUUUGGCAUUUGUAUAUAUUAUGUUUUUGUUUUCCAAUGAAAUGUAAAACUAACUCAUAUCCAACAUACUGACUAUGUUGACUUGAGUUUCGGUUGUGAGGUCUCAAAUUCCACUGACCAACUAUAACUAUUUUUUUUUCUUUUAGACUAUUUUUUUAUAUCAGCGCUUAUGUUCAUAUGGUCAAAAUACUUGUAUCCAUCAGAACCAGUCAAAAUUUGACCAGAAUAACGUUUUUACAGAUUCUUUCAGGAGUACUGUUUCUCCUCAUGGAUACUGUCAUUAUGCUUCCUGGGAAAAGGUAUGAAAAUGAGGUAGCUACGCUGUGACCCAGUAAUGAUUCUUGAAACAUAAAUAGGAGCCUCUGGUGUGGAUAAAAUCCCUAAUCAUGUUUCAAAGGUUUUUAAAGGGGCUGUCCGACCCCAAAUGCAAACUUGGUAGGGAUGGGAAAAUGUUUAAAAUAAAGAAUAAAAGACAAUCACUUGGUUAUUAAUGUCUUAUUCCAGCAGCAUGGGUCUCAUCCCCCCUCCUUCUGUCUCUUGUGGACGGAAAGUGUGGCGUCCUAUCCAUGGUCAUGUGCACCACUACAUCCAAUCAUUGGCCUCAGAGUUGACGACUGACCUUCUGUUAAACUGUUACAAAUUUUCUAGUUAUUAUAUUUAUGAAUUUGCUGUAGACUCAUAAAUUAUAUAGAAGGUAUGUUAUCUGUACAUAACUCUACAUCUCAGU